AACCGCUAUCUGGUUUGGCAACGUCGUAACAUAUCAUUGCCGCUCUCUGAGUACACCCGCCACUUUUGUGAAGACUGGAGAUCACAGACGAGUGAAUGUAAUCUGUGCAACCGAAGAGAGUUUUAUACUUGGCCGAAUAAAACAUAUUAAGAACCCCAGGCCCAAACGCCAAACGUCCUUGUUACAAGGCACACUGGGUUGUGCUGAAAACCAGCUCUCUUAGAGCUUGCAACAUGGAAACAAGAAUUUAAUGUGAAGAAAUUCAAUAACAGAUGAAAAUUUAAUUAUAGAUAUCUAUGUAUGUACAAAAUUCAACACACCUCAGUCCAAUCAAAUUGACCUCAACUCACAAUUGUUGCCCAGAAUCGAGAAAAGUAGGUUGAUUCUCACGAAGUAACUUACUGGAUCCAAAGACAAUAAUGACACAACUUACAGAAGAAUCCAGAGAGAAUGAGCUGGUGGCAAGGAAAGGUGUUGACCUUCACUCAAAUGAAACUCGUGAUCCUGGGAACCAACAUUUUUCAAAGGAUAAUAACCUAUCCUCUAUGUUUCUUUCAGUGGACACUACAGAUUUUUCGCUCGCCAGUCUAUCACUUGAUUCCGACAUCGUGCUGGAUGAGGUACAAAACUCCAAUUGCACUUUGCAGCCUCAUUUAGAUGUCAAUGCUUCGACAAGCCCCAGCACUGAUGUUAUGCACUUCGAUACUCAAAAUACUGCCAAGGAAAUAAUCGGAUUCAAACUGGAAAAAGAGCUUGAUGUUGGCGAGUGCGAUAUAAUCGAUGGAUUUAUGAUUCACUCCUUCACGACCGCGGAUGCCUUGGAACAAUUUGUUGCCAGUAGGGCAGCUGAAAAGACAUUAAAACUUUCCUCUCGUUUGAAGAAAGCCAGAAAAUUAGCUCCUUCAUUUUUUAGAGACGUGAACAGUAUGGAUGCUUCAUUAUUCGUUCUUUCAGCAGAGCCGUAUUACGAAGAUUACAAUGUUCCCUUUCCCCCAAACAAGCGUCGGUUGACUGUCGAGUGCCUAAAGCGUUUCUGCACCAUGGGUUGCAUCUGUGAUAGCUUGAAUUCGACUAGACCAUUUUAUGAACACUGCAAUCAUCCUGAAUGCAUGUUCGAUCUCGUAUGUUGCUACAAACAUAAACUGAGAUAUCGCGAUUCUCCUUCACCAACCAAAAGAUACGACUCCCGAGAUUUCAACAAGUUUUCUGAUAACGCUUUGCUGAAACAGUUGUCGUCGAUAAAGGAAGAAAUCUACUUCAAAACGGAUCUCAUCGAUCGAUUAGUAUCUGAACUGAAUGAGAAGCAAUUGGAAAUAGACAACCUUAAAAAACAAUUGAUGGGAAAAAGUAUCUUCAGAAGCAACAUUACUCUCCGUCCGUCUCCCCUCCAAAGCGAGGCUUCCGCCACAGUGAAAAAAGUGAAGGCUGAGGAAGAUAAGAAAGGGAAGAUGAAAGAAAGGCCCAAAGUUGAGAUUAAAAAAGAAGCUGAAGGCAGGAGGGUAAAGGCCAAGGUCGAAGUCAAGGAAGCAAAGGGGAAGAUCAGCCAUGCGCAUGCGGAUGGACUUUAUGCGAACUCUUUCCCGUUUGAUGAAAGAUUUCUCAACAGGCUUGCUGAGAACACUACAUGUUCGAUUUUUGUGCGACAAUUGAUGCGACACACGUUUACUUUUGAUUUUUUGGCUAGUGCGAAUUGUAGUUCGAUGAACGAUGAACACAUGGCCGCCAUCAUAGAUGCUACUAUGAAGCGGUUUAAAUUUUACCAUAGAAAUAAUGGUGAAUUCGUUCAUGUGACUCCAGAACUGGUCAAGAAGGUAAUCGUGUCUGAAUUCAACCUCAAGCAAACGCAAAAAAAGAGGAAAAGGAUGUAAGCGAUUUAUUGACCGACGUGCUUUUGUCUUAUAAUUUUCUGUCUGGAGAGGAUUAUUGAAACUUAUUGUAUAUUUCUUGAAGCGUUUUAUAUUAACUCCUAAGUUUUCUUGGUUAAACGUUGACGGCGAUCCCCUUUUUUUCGAAUUAAACUUUUGUAUUGGUUACCUUUUAAGAACUUUCCAGUUUAUAAGUAUAAAAAUAAAACAUUUUAUGUCCAACUA